AUGACCGAAAUUGACCACCCUAUAAAGCAACGAGCAUUACUUAGUGUGUCAGAUAAAAGUGGCAUUCUGGCGUUUGCGAAGUCUUUGGUUUCCUUUGGCUUCGAGCUGAUUGCUUCUAGCGGAACUUACAAGCUUCUAAAGAGUGCUGGAUUACCAGUGAGAGAAGUUUCUGAAAUAACAUCUUUCAAUGAGAUGCUUGGUGGAAGAGUGAAAACGCUACAUCCUGCAAUUCAUGGAGGUAUAUUGGCCAGAACUACUGAGUCAGAUCUAAGAGACCUUCAGGCGAAUGGUAUCGAACUUGUUUCAAUUGUGGUUUGUAAUUUGUAUCCUUUCCAAGAAGCUAUUGCAAAGUCUGGUUGUUUGUUCGAAGAAGCAAUUGAGAACAUUGAUAUUGGAGGGGUGACGUUGCUGCGAGCCGCAGCGAAGAAUCACUCUCGUGUGACUGUCAUUUGUGAUCCGAGAGACUAUGGCGGUGUUUGUGAAGAAUCACUGCAUUUCCUGGCGUUCCUUUCUGAGAAUGCUGUCGAGUUUCAGGCAUUUGAGCACACUGCACUUUACGAUGAUUCGAUCAGUGGAUAUAUGAGGCGUAAAUUCAUCGAAAACGGGAACAGGUCUAUUUCACUUCGAUAUGGGCUAAACCCUCAUCAGACUGAUGCAGAGCUUUACAGAAAAGAUGGCGACUUGCCGCUAAAAGUUCUGAACGGUUCUCCUGGUUACAUCAACAUCUUGGAUGCUUUAAAUGGCUGGCAGUUAGUUAAUGAACUUCGUCAAGCAACAGGUUUUCCGGCGGCAACGUCGUUCAAACACGUGAGUCCAGCGGGAGCAGCUGUAGGGUUGCCGCUGAAUGAAGCUGAGGCUAAGGCCUACAUGGUAAAUGACCUUCCUAUGGAUUCAGAAACCCCUUCUUUAGCAGCGGCUUACGCGAGGGCUAGAGGGGCUGACCGUAUGUCGUCAUUUGGGGACUUCGUUGCUUUAUCAGAAAAAUGUGACGAACUGACUGCAAAGAUUAUUAGCCGAGAAGUUUCUGAUGGUAUUAUAGCACCUGAUUAUGAACCUACAGCAAUGAAUCUUUUAGCAAAGAAAAAAGGAGGCAAUUAUGUUAUUUUAAAAAUAGAUCCGCAAUAUGUACCUCCUGAGUAUGAAGAACGAACAGUGUUUGGACUUCAACUAAAACAGAAGAGAAACAGUAGUUGUAUAAAACCAGAAGUUUUCUCAAAUAUAGUGUCAAAGUCGAAGGCAUUACCAAAAUCGGCUUUGGAUGACCUAAUGGUUGCUACAAUCGCUGUUAAAUACACGCAGUCCAAUAGUGUCUGUUAUGCAUAUCGCGGUCAGGUGAUUGGAAUUGGAGCUGGACAACAGUCUAGGAUACACUGUAUGCGUUUGGCUGGCGAAAAAGCAAUGAACUGGUGGAUGAGACAGCAUAAGCGAGUUUUGGAUUUGCCGUGGAAACCUUCAGUAAAGCGGGCGGAACGGUCUAAUGCAAUUGACGUUAUAGCGUCUGGACUUGCUGAUGUAGUUGUCAGCUCUGAUGCAUUUUUUCCGUUUCGUGACAAUAUUGACUGCGCGAAGCAGUACGGCGUGAAGUAUGUGGUAAGCCCAGGUGGAUCAAAUCGCGACCAGGAUGUAAUUGAAGCCUGUGAUGAGUACGGGAUAACUUUGGUACACACUCAGCUUAGACUCUUCCAUCAUUAA